UCGGCAUCUGCAGAGAUAUAUCACCCUCCCAUCAUCGACGUCCCCCUGAGUCCCCAGGAGCUGUGACAGGGAGUGGGGAAGAGCAGGGCUGUGCCAGCAGGGCAGGAGGCUCAGGAUGGGAAUGGAGGGACUCCUGUCCCCUCGGGUGCUGUGGCUGCUCCUCUGGGUGCAGCUCUGCAGAGGGGCUGCGGAGGUGAGACUGGAGAAUGGCGGCAGACACUGUGCUGGGAGAGUGGAGGUGAAACACCAGGGCCAGUGGGGGACUGUGUGUGGCUACAACUGGGACAUGGACGAUGCUGCAGUGGUUUACACAGAAUGGAUUCGACAAUACUGUGAUCACAGUGAGGAUGCUGGAGUGACGUGUUCAGGAUUUGUCCGGCUGGUUGGAGGGGACAAUCCCUGCUCAGGACGAGUGGAGAUUCAUGAUGGGAGCCAGUGGAAAACUGUCUGUGACUCCGCCUUUGGUCCCAAAGCUGCCGACGUGGUCUGCAGAGAGUUGCAGUGUGGCACAGCCCUGUCUGUCCCCGGGGCAGCUCACUUUGGAGAAGGCGCUGGUCCCAUGUGGGACAGAGAGCUGCAGUGA